UCUUGAUGUAGUCAUUGCGUACUAGGAAUAUGAGACCGAAUUCUAAACUUUUUACUACUUUAAUGCACAAAUAAGUGAAUUUGUUCAAAUAUGUUUUGUUCCCUAAAAUGGGGUGACUAUGUACAAAAGUGCUGUAGUUUCUAAAUGGUUCAUUCAUAUAACAUAAACGUCAAUGUGCUGGAGUACAGAGCAAAACCAAAAACAUUUCACUGUCAAAAUUAUUUUGGACCUCACUAUAAAUACUAUUGCAGAUUGUGAUCACAUAACUCAUCAAAUUACUAUGAUGAUGAAGGUGGGACUCCUUUUCCUCCUGACCCAUGUCUGGUCCCUCAUCCCCGUCUACCAAACUCAAGAGCAGAGCCCCAACAUCACAGACCUGACCUUCAAGAACAUGGACUUUGCCAUGACUCUCUACAGGAAGAUUGCUGGUUACCAUGAUAAUAACAUAUUUUUCUCACCCCUGAGCAUAUCCACAGCUUUUGCCACCCUCUCCAUGGCAGCACAGGGUCCCACACGAGACCAAAUACUGAAGGGGCUCAACCUAGCCCACCUAGAUCGGGACAAGCAACCAGACAUCAUUCCAGAACUCUUCCAACAACUCCAAGGGAACAUCACACAAGAUGAAUCAUUGAAACUGGACCAGAGCACCACCUUCUUUGUUUGCCUAAAGUUUGAGGUAGAGAGUGACUACAGUGACCAGAUCAAGAAAUUCUUCAACGCUGAUAUCAACAGUGUGGACUUUGCAAAUACAAAAGCUAGCGUUGCCAUGAUCAAUGACUACAUAAUGAGAAAGACUGAAAACAGAGUCAAGGAGAUGGUGUCUGACUUGGAUCCACUUACCCAACUUAUGCUCAUCAACACCAUUUUCUUUCGGGGUGAAUGGCAGAUGCCCUUCAAUCCCAAUCACACAGAAAUUCAACGCUUCUAUAUUGACAACUACAAUAUUGUCCAGGUGCCUAUGAUGUUAAGAAUGGAGGAUAAGUUCUACACAAUGGACGACUUUCCCCUUAAUGCCAAGGUGCUGAAGCUGCCGUACCGAGAUGGUGUUUCAAUGCUUAUCCUGCUACCCAACAAAGGCCUGGAUUAUACCACAAUAGAUGAUGAGAUCACAGCUGAAAGAUUCCUCAACUGGAUUAAAAAUCUGAAAGAAAGGAAACUAGAAGUUCAACUGCCCAAGUUCAAGAUGGAGCAAUCAUACGCCAUGCACAACAUCCUACCAGAUUUGGGUAUAUCCAGUAUCUUCCAUGACACCGCUAACCUCACUAAAUUGAGCAAAGACCCAGGCCUGAAGGUGUCAGAGGUGGUUCCAGGUGUUGCACAAGGCAGUGAUCGAGGUGGAUGAGAGAGGCACCACUGCAGCCGCUGCCACAGAAAGCGGCAUUAUUGGAUACGCCUUACCCUCUUCCUUCAUCGUCAACCGACCCUUCUUAUUUUUUAUCUACCAUGAGGCCACUAACAGCUUGUUGUUCAUGGGCCGAGUGACUGACCCCACCAAAAACGGAGUCUAAUGAGCACAGUGCAUUUGGUGCCCGGAGAGGUGUUGUACAUGUAAUAUAUUUCAUUUGUAUGUAUUAAAGGUGAACAGAUAUU